UUUUGGGGUGUUUUGGGGUUAUUUUUGGGAUUAUUUUGGAGGUUAUUUGGGUGGGUUUUGGGUUACUUUGGGCUGGUUCUGAGUUCCUUUCUGGGUGUUUUUCCCCAGUUUUCCCCAGGAUGGAGCCCCCGGCCCAGCCCCCCUCCUGCUUCCGCUCCCGCCUGGAAUUCUGCCCCGAGUGCGGCUCGGUGCUGCCCCGGCCCGGCGCCGCCAGCGCCCUGCCCUGCCCCCGCUGCGGCUUCUGCCUGCUCGCCUCAGAGCUGCGGGGCUGCCUCGUGCGGAGCUCGCUGCGCUUCAACGGCCCCGGGGGGGGGAGGGGCGGGAGCGGCCCCGCCCCCCAGGAGGGACCCACGGUGGACAGAACGUGCCCCCGGUGCUCCCACCAGGGGAUGUGCUUCCACCCGGGAUUCUGGGGUGAAUAAAUGGAUUUUUAGGGGUAUUUUUGAGAUAAAUAAUUAUAAUUUUUGCUGUUUUAGGUUGACAGAACCUGCCCCAGGUGCUCCCACCAGGGGAUGUGCUUCCAUACGGGACUGUGGGGGUAUUUUUGAGAUAAAUAAAUUGAAUUUUGGGUUAUUUUUUUGCUGUUUCAGGUGGACAGAGCCUGUCCCAGGUGCUCCCACCAGGGGAUGUGGUUCCGCAGGGGAUUGUGGGGUGAUGUAAUGGAAUUUUAGGGAUAUUUUUAGGGUAAAUAAUUAUAAUUUUUGCUAUUUCAGGUGGACAGAGCCUGUCCCAGGUGCUCCCACGCGGGGAUGUGGUUCCACCCGGGACUGUGGGGUGAUUUAAUGGAAUU